CAGGAAGUGGCUCCUGAGCUAGCAACGGAUAAUGAGCAGCUGAGACUCUGCCAUUUUUUUUUUUUUUUUACAGCUUCAGAAGGGCAUGAUGGGCAGGCAGAGGAAGAGGGUGGUAACUGGUGAAGCUGCUCCCCCUCCAAGGAAAGAUGAGAAGCCCUCUGCAUUACACCGCAAAGAGAAGAAGAAGAAAGUUGAUAUUGGAAAAAUCUUCAUCAACAUCUCAAUUGGCCUCUGCAUAUUCAGCCUGAUCUGGUUCUUUUACGCCCUCUACAUGCGGUCAAGCCUGGCCAAACGUGUGGUGACCCUGCAUCCGUCAUCUCAUGUCCUGGAUGCUAACAGCAGCAGUGCCAAGGUUUCCCCAGAGAGGUUCUGGGGCUCAUACAGGCCUCAGGUCUAUUUUGGCAUGAAAACCAGGAGCCGUUCAAUUGUGACAGGCAUGAUGUGGAUGCGUCAGUUCUCUGACCUGGAUGUAAACUUGAGGCACACUUGUGAGCAAGGGGAUCGCUUGCAAGGCUAUGGCUGGCUGAUGCAUGAUGGGAUUACCUUUGGCGUCCAGGAAAUCAGAGAUAACGAUUUCACACUAACCACAGAGUUUGUCAAGAAGAUGGGAGGGGAUCACGGAGGAGACUGGACCUGGAGGAUCACUGCUAAACAGCAUAGCUCUGCCCCUCAAGCGCCCGUCAUCUCCCUGAUGUUUUACGCAGCGGCAGACACACAGGGCUCACUGGAGGCUCAUGUUGAGGAGAGAAACCGCCUUGCAUCCAUCACUGGUUUCUCAGAGGAGCUUGGCAACUUUAAGAUUACCUUCCGAAAGCCGGUUACCGGGGAAUUAUCCAGCGCUAAAUAUGCCAGUUACAACUAUCUUCAGAGUUCCCCCGGCUUGGAGAAGCUGACUGACAUUGUCAAGCACAGUCUGAACCGCAGGUUUGUAUACAGCUCGCCUUCUGGUGAGAAGAGACAUUACAUAGCUGUAGACACCUACAAGCCCCCUCACCACCAAAACCAACAGAAUCCUGCGGACAUAAGGAAAGAAAGCGACUUUGUGGUCCACCAGGUGACUGUCCAAACGCCAUUCCAGAUUGAAGUCCUGUUUGAGUCUGGGAGCUUUCACAACCGUCCUAACCAACUCGUAGGCUCAAUUAUGACUCAGGAGCUGGAGAAGAGGAAAUCUGAGUUUGACACAAAGUUUGAAAAGACUUUUGGGCUUGAGAGCAAAGGCUAUAGCCAUUCACAUAUCAAGUUCGCCAAAGCAGCACUCAGCAACAUGCUUGGUGGAGUGGGCUAUUUCUACGGCCAGUCAGUAGUUCAAUCCGUCUACAAUGAAUACCCAUUACUAUACCCUGAAGGUGCUUUAUUCACUGCAGUACCAUCACGCUCCUUCUUUCCCAGAGGCUUCCUUUGGGAUGAAGGCUUUCACCAGCUACUGCUCAGCAAGUGGGAUCCCCAGGUGACCAGGGAGGCUAUUGCCCACUGGAUGGACCUGAUGAAUAUGGAGGGCUGGAUCCCCAGGGAGCAGAUCCUGGGAGACGAGGCUCGCAGUAAAGUCCCAGCUGAGUUUGUUGUUCAGCGCAAUGAGAACGCCAAUCCACCUACUCUUUUCUUGGGUCUUCAGGAGCUUAUUCAACAGUUUUCUUCAAAUCCAGAUAAGACGGCGUCUCAAGCAACCUUGCCUUUUCUUCGAAGACUGUUCCCCAGACUUAAAACCUGGUUUGAGUGGUACAACACCACACAAACAGGACCCCUACCAAACUCUUACCGUUGGCGUGGACGUGACAAGGACACCAAUCUUUUCCUAAAUCCCAAAACAUUGACCUCUGGGCUGGAUGACUACCCUCGGGCCUCACACCCAUCUGCAGAUGAGCGCCAUGUGGAUUUACACUGCUGGAUGGCCCUGUCUUCAGGCAUCAUGGCCAGUAUAGCCAAACUUUUAGGUGAGUCACAUCAGGACUAUGAACUUUCCCACAAAGUACUCAGUGACAACAACCUGCUGAAUGAGCUCCACUGGUCAGAACAACUCAGGUCUUUCAGUGAUUUUGGAAACCACACCCAGGCUGUGUCCUUGCAGCAGGAGAAAGUGUAUGUGCCACCCGGACAACCUCGACAUCAGUUCCCUGUAGCUCGCCUUGUGCGCUCUGUCCGCCGGGCCCCCAAGCAGCAGUUUGUUAAUGCUUUGGGUUACAUUAGCUUGUUCCCUUUCUUACUGCACAUUCUUACACCGGAUUCACCCAAACUAGAACAUAUCCUUCGUGACAUGAGAGACUCAAAUAAGCUGUGGACACCCUAUGGCCUGCGUUCACUGUCUAAGUCUGAUCCAAUGUAUAUGAAGCGAAACACAGAACAUGAUGCCCCCUACUGGAGGGGACCGAUAUGGAUUAACAUCAACUAUUUGGCAGUCAGAGCCCUGCACCACUAUGGCAACGCGGAAGGACCAUACAAAGAGAAAGCAGCUGCUCUUUAUGAGGAACUCAGGACUAAUAUUAUCAAUAGUUAUAGACAGUAUAUUGAAACAGGCUAUAUCUGGGAACAGUACAAUGACAGCACUGGCAGGGGCCAAGGUAGCCACCCCUUCACUGGCUGGUCUGCCCUGACAGUAUUAAUGAUGGCUGAACAGUACUGAUACUGUGUAUUCAACUCAAUUGUUCUGAGAUGUUUUCCUUUAAUUUAUCCAAAACAAAAACAUGAUCAGGAUAGAAAGUAGUAUUUCUUGAAUGCAUGAAAACUAUUUAAAUCCAGCAUAAAAAUAAGUCUCACCAGACCAAUUUGAAAUGGAUUAAAUCUGGAACUUCUCAGUUCCUAUCUGAUACUAAUAGGCUUAUUCAACAUGCACAGAGCUUUGUUAAAACAUGAUUCAGAACUUACUCAUUGUACAUAACAUGAACUACUGUCCUCUUCGGAAAUACUGAUGUUACAAGAAAUUCAGACUGUUUCACAUUGCAGCAGCCAUCCUGGUUCACAAUGAAAAUGUCUCAGUGGCUUUCUAACCGUUACAGUUUUACUUCUUCUAAAUACUAAAUUAACAGUUAAGAUUGGCCCAACCACACAGGUUGGCUGGAAAUCUGUCUGAGAAGAAGGAGGAACAAACGCAUCUGCCAGGUAAAAAAAAAAAAAAAAGCUCUGGAAGAUUUGCCUGGUUCCCAGUCUAGAAUAAUAUCACUCAUAUAGCAUUGCCAUGUUUAACUUACAAAAAAAAAAAAAAGUAUUUUUCACACAGGUAUUCUCUAUGGAGCAAUUUCAUACAAGUGUAAGUGCAGCUACUCUGUUUUUGCUAUGUGGUGCCAAGCACUGUCUGGUGCUUCAAUUUUAUACUUAAGAUGCAUUUAGGAAACCCUGAACUCAUAUACCUCACAACUUCAUACCACACAUCAAACGCCAUGUUUAAUUUGGAAAAUCAGGAUUGAUGAUGACAGUCAUUUUUCUUUUGUUUGCUGAGAAGUGCUGGUCUCAUUCUUGCACACUGUAAGUGAAGCACUAUAUGUUCAGAUUUGAGAAAAGGAGUGCAUAAAUUAACAUUUUUGCAGUCUUUUGACGAAAAAAAAGGGCCUUUGUACUUUAUGGCGCCAUUUAUUUUUUAUCAAAUGUCCUAAGUUUUUUUUUUUCUUUAAUAAUUUACAAUUUUGAUAUUUAAUUGUUUGGUCACAGUCUUAGAAAAACAUUGUUCUAAAAUAUCUUGCCAAUGAUUUCUUAAAUAACCGCUUUAAAAAGCAGCCAUAUUUUGUAUCUACAGGCCGUGGUUUUACUGACAGGGAUAAUUCAUUGACGGUGAUAUCAGUAUAGUUUUGUUAAAAACAAUAAAUGGUUCAAAUUUGUUUCAGACUACUGUACUUUUUGGUUAUUUUUCUUCAUUAUCUACACUGAUGAAAGCAAAUUAUUUAUUGAAUCCAAACCUAAAGCGUCAGUCUCAGCUUGUUCUGUAUUACACAAAUAACCAUAUCCCUCAGUUGUUUCUUCUUUUUGUUAAGUAUUUUGUCUGUCAUGAUCGUGAGUAACUACAGUCAAUAAAAGAAUCAUAUGAUGCCUUCACAAAAAAACCA